GAGAGAUGUGUGUGUGGUUUGUGUUAUUCUUCAUCUCAUUACAUAGGGGCAGGGCUUGAAAAUGUGUACACGUCACGCCUGCGCCUCGUUAACAUCUUUGCCCUGUAUAUAUAGGAGCCACCGGACUUUUGCGGUCAAUCAAAAAACGUUGCUGAAACUUUUGAAUUUCAAAUCUUCUUCGCUGUAAAAUUUUUUAAAAAGAAAUAUUUUUUUUCUGCUCGUUGAUAGAUUGCCUUUGGGAAUUUUUCUCAGAAUAAUCCUGUAUAAGAAAAACAGAGCAUUGACAAAUAGUGUGGGAAUAGAAUUCUUCAGCAACUUGGCAGCGCUAACAUAAUUUUUUGACUAUUUUUUUUUUGAAGACCAUCUCUUGUCAGGAAAUUCAUUGGCCGGCGGAAGGGCUUCCGGAUUAGUGGUUUUAGGUUGGUGACGACUUGCUUUCUGAAUUAAAUACUUCCGCCCAGGAGAGAGAGAGGGGGAUUUACUCUCUGCAAGCGCCAUGCAUAUCUUCUUCUAUGUGAUUCACGUGACGGCAAUGCUGGCCAUCGUUUCAGGAAAUUGCAACAAGUACGGCAAUGCUUGCUUCGGUGCCCAUGGUAAAAGAAGCGACUUUAAACGAACCAGCACUGUCGAUCUGUCGGAUCAAAUUUGGCCAGUAGCGACAAACUGGAAUCCAACCAGACCUGAUGAGCCCGUUCAGGAGCGACGACAAAUGAAACCGCUUCCAGCUCUUCAACUGGAAUCGGUUUUGGUUUAUAACGACAUCCCACGAUCGGCUGAACAUUCCAGGUAUCUGAACCAAGAAGAUUAUAACAACUGAUCCGGAUCGCCACCGUUUUUUUCCUUAACACCUUCCGCCUCCCCUCCAUUUUGCAUUGUUACUUCCAGAGCCAUUUCAAUUGUGAACCGAACAAACGGCCAGAGAGAAAGAGAAAAAUCCAUCGGUCAUAACGGGCGUAAUGGACCGACAAACUUUUUCUCUCUGAACCGUUUUUCAGCACGACAAAUGGACAUAAUAGAAAUAUCCAGGUAGAGGGGGGAAUGUUAGAGAAACACACACAGUUGAAGGUUAUCUUUUUAGCUUAUAGUUUACUUGCUUUAACUAUUUGGGAAUUAUUCGGCGACAAAUCUGAUCCCUUUUUUGGCCCUGUGGACUUCUAAGAAUGGGCGUCCAUCUUUUUUGGUGAAGCGUUUGAACGCUGGGCAUUUCCUGUCGAUGUAGUAGAAAUGCGGCAUUCACUUUCUUUAUUACUCUUCAUCCGAGCUUUCAUCCUUUUCCCCCUUUUCUUCUCUCUUCGCAGUUGUACUAACUAUAUAUAUACACGCUGAUACACACAACACACUCUGCUGAGCUGCUACACAACAUAUACCUGUGCUCCGGGAGUUGCUUUCUUUCAAAACAACCCUCGAGGCUCUUUUUUUUUUACCUGUUUUGUUUGUAUCUUACUACUUUCUAUUUGGUUAUUUUUCCCUCCAUUUUUGUGCGUGUGUAGAGUCUUCCAUUCUUCCUUGUUACGAGAAAAAUAUCCUAGCUGCUGCUGCUGCUACUGCUAACUACCCCUUCUGUUACACGAAUGUUGUUGGAUUACUGGACAACUUUUGGAACCCCCCCUCUCAUUCGUAUGUGCCCCUAUAUAACGGCAGGAGGAAAUGGUUGAUGAGUAAUACACCUCAACACAAGCUUGA